AUGGCGCUGCCCUGCCUUGCGGCCCUUUCUGCGCUGUUCUCGGCGCUCGCUGGUGCCCCCUUUGAGGCCACGCACCAGACUUACCUCUGCGAGAUCUACCCCGACGGACGAUCGUCUACGCCCCUCGCGCAGAAUGACCACCGGGGCCCUUGCACUACCCCAGCCGCGGCCCCUUCGCUGAAGCUCGACCGGCCCCGCACAAGCCCUGGCAAAGGGCUCCUGAUGAACACGAACGACCUCGACCUGGACACCCGGGACUAUAUGCACACCUUCCCGCCGGGCAAGUACGCGUGCUACCUGCACACCGACGGGCUCAUGACGGACACGAACGACCUCUCCCUGGAGGCCCGGGAGGACACCCACAGCCUCAUGCAAACGACGGUACCGGACAGGAUGGACAGGUGGGCCAAGAUGUUGGACGACCUACGGCAUGAUUUGGAGAUGUUGGACAAAGCGGAUCGGGCUGAGGCCGCGGUGCAGCUUCUUCGUUGGCUUGACUUUCGGGCUACUAACAGCGAGGAAGGCUACUGGCUUGGCCAUAUGCGGGGUCGGCCUGCCGACCUUACGGCUUUGUUGGUGGUGGCGCUCGCUGACACGGGUGUUGACCCCGACACGCUCACCAACCCGUGGUGCUCCUCGUGGGUCCUCGAGACACGACGCCGGCUACAAGCCUAUAUCCCGUGCCAUGAGGGGUCCAACGAGUGUUGGGGACGACCGAUCUCUACAGGCAUGCCGCCCAUCAUGCACUUUGGCAGGCCGCCUCCUACAUCCACUCCUCCCUCUUCCCCGGGCUUGAGUGCAGUAGUGGAGAUUGACGAGGAGGAGCCCUGUUCGAGCCGACCUAAACGCCGCUGCCUCACGCUGGAACUCAGCUCCGGCUCAGCAGACAGACCCAGAUUUUCUCGGACACUCACGGUGCCUCUUCGGGAGAAUGAGCACACCUUCCAGCUAAGGGUCAGUGUUGGAGAACAAGACGACAGCGAGGCCAGUACUCGAUUGCUGACGCCAGCACCUCGCCGAGAACCCGCCGCUGCUCUUCGCCCCGCUGCCUUUCGGUUGCCCGACCCCGCCCCGGGCGAUCUGGCCGCGGCUGGUUUGUCCAUGCGGGAUCUUCUUGGGUUGUGGAGCGGCUGGAGAUCGGGGGCACUGCAGGAAGAGGACAUCGAGAGAGUGCACGGGCAAGCUGCUGCUCGGUUUGUGCGUGAACACUGGGGCUACCUCCCACACGAGGCCUACGUGCUCCCCACCCUCUACCCGGACCAGACUGAGGCGGACGACCUGCAGGUAGCGCCUUCCACAACGGCCGAUGCGGCGCCGAAUGACGAGGAACCAGGCGCAGGAGAUGAGACCGCUCUCCUGAUGGUCUUUGUCCGCGUUUUCCCUGCCCUGGCCGCGGUCGGUGCGUGGAUUGCUCGUCUACGACGCCAAGGGUUGGAGAAUGUCCUCCUGACCAGCUUCCUCUUGGUUCGUGCCCAAGAACGCGAGUGCUACGACUACAUGGACGAUUGGGAAGGCAUCAUGUUGGAGCUGGGAUUGGAACCUGAGGGUGAUUUCGCCCGGAUACACGAGGUCCCGCCGGAUGUUCAGGAGAUGCUGCUGUGGGUUGAGGCAGAAAUGUGGGACGAUUUCGUUGACCGCUUGGAGAGCCUGACCGGAUGGGAGAGUGACCAGGUGAUGAAUGCGCGGGCCAGACCGAAUAUGGACUGGGCCACGCGCGCGGCCUGGCGACAGCGCGCGCUUGGCGAGGGCGAGGCUGACCCACCCCUCCAGACGGCACCGGCGGCACCACAGGAGGCGGCGGAGGAGACGGAUGCCUCUGCCUUCAUGGAGAGAUACCGCCAGCGUGGAGAUCGCCGCAGGGACGAGAGCAGAGACCCGGCGCCUCCUCGGGGCCGCCCGCUGAGAGAUGGCAACCGCCGAUCUGGGGAUGCUCAUCAAGAUGCCCGAUCGAGAACAGCUGCUUCGUCCCGGGGACCCCGCUGCACGGAAGAGACCCGCAGACUGGAGCCUCGUACACCCCGGGCCCGACCAAGCACUACAACGCGUGCGGCAGUUCCCUUCCUCUCCGUGGAUGCGGCGGUUGCGCAGUGGUUGUACUUCUUCGGUCUCAGACGAGGCCCGGACACUACCGAGCUAGCACCUGCCCUGCCUCGAGAGGAUAUGCAGAGGCGCAUAGACUGGCUGGCCACUCUGCAUGAACAGGACCUUGCCACUGCGAUGACGGGUUUCUUGCGGGUCCUGGCGAUGUUGAUGGUGGAAUGCAGCCAGAUGAUCCUCACCCAUCAGGCGACCUUCCUGGUGGCGGUGGACCUUGA